GAUGAUGUGCGACAGGUCGUGCUAGCUUACGCGAGCAGGUCAUUCGCGCAAACGGUUGCUGGACGGCGUACGGAAUGGUUGUUCCUUCGGCGAGCUCGAGAUUUCCAGCGCCGUUCGUGCGGCAUCUAGUCGUCGUUAUCAAGCAUUUUGUUAUUAGCGUGUGAUCCGGAGCGGGGAGUGUGUUUUAGGCGCCACUUUUGUGUGGCAGUGGGGGAGUGUGUUUUGGAGAUGUACGUAUUAGAAACAAGAUUUUGAACAAAAAUUGAUUGUUGAGUAGAGAAAAAAUCUUCGAGCUGCCUGGUAUGUUCCGUCUUUGUGAUCUUAGUGCUUAGUAAAACGGUGAUAUUCACGAUCGAUCGAUCAAAGCUGUGAAGUGUGUCAGGUGUGUGUUAAGGGUGUAUUGGAACGAAAGGAAAAAAACAUCCAUUUACAAACGAACAAAAUAGUCAUACAAAACAGCUGUUGAAAAUGGCGCAAACUAAACGGCUCCGAUACGCGAACAACGCGGACAACGUGGCGUACUACCAUGUGUACAAAUACAAUUCCCUGCAGCGGUUGAACAAGUCGAAAAAUAUGCACGGCGUCAAGCGGGUGAUUGCCUUCUGCAUCCUGACCGCCGUCCUGCCGGCUUCGCUCAUCAUUCUUCCACUCUACCUGCGCCACACGGUGUUUGCGGACGUGGUUUAUCCGAUCGCCGAGUCGGACAUUAUUGAAAUCCGCGAUGGCAUCUCGUCCGUGUUCUGCCAGAAGCACACGCUGCAGAUGAACAGCACGUUCAACGCGUUCCAGCUCGACCACGAACCGGAAGUGUCGAAGAACCGGAAGCACAUACGGUUGAAAAAGUCCAUGUCCCUGCCGGACGAUACGCUCGAGUACUGGGGCUUCUAUCUGCUGAAGGGGGCGACCGUCGCGCUGAAGGUUUGUUCCCGGUACGACGGCUCCCGCAUACUGGUUGUGAAAGGUGAGCGCAAUCUGCGGACGUGCGGGCUGCUCGAGCACAACAACAACAAGAUCGACAACUACCUCAACAAGGAACACGGCCAGGUACUGGUCACGUUCGAGUCGGCGGCCGAGUUUAUCGAGUAUUCGGGUGAGCAGAAGGGGCUGCCCAAGCUGCCCGUCGAUGGCAAUCAUGGUGGAGAAGAUCUAACGGAGGAGCGCUUAUCGCCGGAAGAGUCUGCGUCGCUGUUGCAUCGUUUGCAUACCUCCAAGGAGGCACGUGCCCAGCACGCUCGCACCACGGAUAACGAGCUGGACAAGAACAAGCGUACGACGGUGUACGACAGCUCGGGAAGGAAAGUGCACCAUGCUACGACGAAACGGAUCGGCCGGCCAGUAUCGGUCACGACAAAGAAUGUCCAGACGCCGCCAAGCACAACGACGACAACGACCACCACGACCACCACGACCGAGCGACCGUCGAGCACGACGGAAAAUCUCGUCAAGAAGUAUCGCAACUUCCGUGCUACCGAGGCGGGACCUUCCUCGGUCGAUGAUGAGGGUGCUGAUGAUGGUAGCGGCAUUCAUCGGAAGCGCCACGGGCACAACAAAACCGGCCAUCGGCAGCACCCGGACGGGGAACAGAUUGUCCACCCGGACAGUGUGGAUCGGUCGGAGCAGCAGCAACAGCAGCAGCAGCAGCGGCCUGCAAAUGGUCAAAGCCGCCGGCGCAGACGAAGGCGUGAUCUGGUGUACGAUCGGGCGAUCAAUCAUGGCGGUACGGCAAUGAACCAUUCCAACAAUACGUCCGAUUCGGUGUCCAGUUUCGAGAAUAGUUUGCUUUCCUGCUAUGACGGUGAUAUCCUGUUGGCGCAUAGUUUCCCACCGAGCAAAUCGUGCCAAAGCGUCCGGUAUCUCGAGGGCGCAUCGCAUACCGUCACCAAGCACGAGGUGGUGUCGGAUGGGUACUACUAUUACAUCUUCUACAGCGACAAUGACUACGUGCAGAACGACAUCCACGCGAUGUUCGACAUCUACAAGCCGACGUUCCAGUACUCGAACAUCUCCGACUCGAAGGCAUGCAUCAACAGCACGCACUGCUCGUUCCCGAUCACCUUCUGGUCGAACGAGCGGGUGAUCGUGGAGGUGCCGACGCGCGACGGUAUCGAGCACGAGGAGGAUGAUAUUACGUUCCUCGUGUCCACGUGUCAUCCACGCAUGGCGAUCUACAUCAUCUUCCCCGUCAGUGUGCUGAUACUUGUGCUGACGUGUGCCUUCCUGUAAGGUGCAGGUGUGAUCCACUCAGGAGCGUGCUGGUUUGGAGAGUAUUGGUUGAUUAUGCCUCAUUAAGGAUAAGGAUACAAUUAAUUCGUUAAAGUGCACCGGCAAGAUUUCAAACGAUGUAGCUGAUGAAAACUCAACACCAGUAGGCUAUUCGAAAAAGAAGGGAUUAGCUGCAAAGAAAAUAUAGUUCAUGGUUUUGUAUAGAAAGUGUAGCGGAAAGUGCAAUAGUUGUAAGAUUGCUCCAAAGAAUCUUGUUCAUUUGCUGAGGAUGCAGCGAUCGGGAUAAAAGUGAGAUUAUCAGCCAAACUGUUAGCUGCAAUGAGUACAACAAAUGAUUCUGCAUACAAUAGAAUACAUUCAUGUAUAUUACUAUCCUUUUUUAAGUUCUAGAAUUUUUUCUAGACACCAUCAUAACAGACAGACGAAACAGAUCCACUAAAGGCUAAAGGAAACAUAUAGAAAGGCGGAAAGAGUUGUAAAUUCGAUACUAAGCUAGUCGCAAAACAGAUGAGUACAGACAUU